AUGACUGACAAGCAGGGUUGGACAGGAGGCCCCUCGACGCGGGGUACUUUCGACAUUCUCUGGACGUGCGUCUCCACGUUAGCAUUAUGUGUAUGGACAGCGGUCCAUCCAAAUAUACCGCUACUUCCUAGUACCAAGAGUUCUCUUCUGACUCGGAUCGGAAUGAUGAUUGUGGCCAUUGUUUUCCCGGAAGUGAUCAUUUCUUCGGCGUGGAGACAGUUGAGAUCAUCUCAAUGGUUACGGAAAGAAAUCAAUCGCAUAGCUCAGAACAGACAGGACAACUAUGCGCAGUACAAGGCGCUUAGGGGUCAUUACUCUCCCCACACUCCUAGGCCGACAGACGAUCAAAGUUCUCAGAAAGCGCUCCUGCCCACCUUCGAAUUUGAGACUGUAUCAGGAGAUACAGCGUUCUCACCAAGUACUUCAUAUCCCAUCAUCGAUUUGAAGACUGGUGGGACAAAACGUGCUUUGAGAGAUAGUGAGGUCGAGAGCAAAUCACUAGUCUGGAAUUCCGAGCAGGCCUUCUUCGCCGUCAUGGGAGGCUUUGCUAUUGAGAAUGAAUACUUGGACGAAAAGAACAUCAAAGUCACCCUCCGACGGAUCCUCACCGUCAACGGCGUUCUUCAGUUGGCCAAGCUUGGCCUCAUGCCUGUGAUCGACCCAGAAGAUAUCAGCGAACGGAGCAAAGCUGACAACAUAGCCAAGAUAUUUGUCCUGUCGCAAAUCAUAUGGUUCGCGCUCCAAGUCAUAGGAAGACUAGCCUCAAAGAUACCUGUCACUCCACUCGAGAUCCAUACUGCUGUCCACGUCGCAUGUACGAUUAUUAUGUACCUUCUGUGGAUGAAGAAACCCUAUGAUGUACGAGGAUCGGUGCCUCUCAACAAUCCUGACGCGAAGGAUAUAGCAGCUCUCUGCAAUUUCUACACAAUCGCAGCAAAACUUCAUGCCGAAGCAUACAUCAAGUAUGAGAACGCUCGGGUGGCCUAUUGGAAAGACCGAGUCGUACGUGCUGCCAACAAUUUACUGGAUCACGAUCCUCCACCGAACCCUCCUAUCAAGGAGGUUUUAACAUCAUCAGUUCACCGAUAUCUAUCAUACGCAACAGAGCUACAUACUUCUUCUAAGAAUGCGGAAGAACAUGUUCUUGUUGCCUUGGCUCCUUCCGCACAGCGCGGCAUAGAGAUCCUACGAAAGCAUGGGCAUUCCUCUGACCACUCCAUUAAUGACUUGAAAUGGAAUCUCCUUUGA